GUCGGCUUGCCAAGUAUUAUACUGAGACUAAGGAAACUGUUUUAUCUGAAGAAGUUGCAACGUACCUUCUUGAGCACAGCUUUCACCAAGCGUCUUUCAAAAGACGUUUGGUCAGAUCUUAUGAAAAAGUAUCCUCCAAUAAAAGGGAUGAAGGAGGUGCUUGUUGCUCCUACAAUGGAAACAGGUACAAGAGAAUACAUCAAACAAAAGUUUGGUUAUCACAAGACCAAAGAGGUUUUCACAUCAGAUGAUGGCCUCGUUGAGAAGCAAGCCCCUUUCCUGGCUGUUGCACGACCUAUUGCUGCAUCGUUAGACCUCCUUGAAGGCCCCCUAAGUCCUGACGAGAGCGAAGAUGAUAUUAAUGGCCCGCACCCAGAUGAAAUAAAGGCAUACUUAGAAGAUGCCCUUGUCCUACUGGUAAUGCCAACUUUCGAUUAAAUGCAUGGCGCCAAAAGCGUUUUGGAGAAUUUCUAACUGAUAUUGGCAAGCGAAUUUUAAAAGAUGAUAUCCCAACAGAUAAACAUCUCUUCCCUGACAAAUUUCGCCAAGUCGUUCAGAGCGAACAUGAUCAUUCGCAGACAAAUUCCAAAGUCAUUGGAGCUCCCUCCAAACCACAAUUCCGCAAAGCUACACCAACACAGCCCUUUCGUGCCUUCUCUGGUCCCAGUGCUGGUACUAGUGGUCCACGUCCAAAAAGCAGAUUUCAGUAGCUUGUCGUCAAGAAAAAACACCUUCCCUAAGCGACCAAGGGCUUCCAAUGAGCCAAGCAACCCCAACAACAACUGACUAUAUGAUCCCUCGACUAAACAAGAUAACUUUACCAGAACAGCAGACAGCAGAUCGACUGAAACAUUUUAUAGAAAAUUGGAAGAUAAUAACUUCAGACGAAUCAGUCUUAGAGACAGUGAGGGGAUAUCGAAUUCCCCUGAUUUCGAAAACUCAUCAAUGGCGCAAACGAGUGACCAAGGCUAGAUCCUUGGAACAACAAUUGUUACUAUCCCAGGCCAUAUCGGAUCUGGUUUCGAAGGGAGCAGUACAUCAGGUUGUAGAACAGGAGGACCAGUUCCUUUCAACCUUGUUCAUAGUACAGCAGGUGAAAAAGAACCGACCAGUUUUCAACCUGAAGACAUUGAACAAAUAUAUCCACGCAGAAAAGUUCAAACUAGAAAGUAUGGACCUAGUAAAAACACUGUUGAAACCGAACGACUUUCUAAUGAAACUGGACCUGAAGGAUGUUUAUUACUCUGUACCAGUAGCAGUGGAACACAGGAAGUACCUUCAAUUUCAUUUUCAAGAUGGGACCUACGAGUUCCAGUGUUUACCCUUCGCUCUAUCAUCAGCACCCCGAGCCUUCACGAAACUGGUCAAGCCAGUUAUUGCAAUUCUGAGAAUAUCUGGCAUACGAGUAGUGAUAUAUUUGGACGACCUACUGCUCUUCCACCGGGAUCCAAUAGAGUUACAGACAAUCUUCAAGAUUGUAAUCACCCUACUCACCGACGUCGGGUUUAUCAUCAAACUCGAGAAGUGCUCACCAUCACCCACGCAAGCAAUCAUCUUUCUGGGGGCCCAGCUGAACUCGACGGACAUGACAAUAGCUGUUCCUCUGGAGAAACUUUGCCUCAUACAGUCGGAGUGCAAAGAGAUCCUGACCAGGGAGUGGUGCUCCAUGCUGGAACUUUCAGCAUUGCUGGGUCGAAUGAAUCAGACUGCCCGAAUUGGAAUUCGGGAAGCACCUUUGCAUUAUCGAACCCUUCAACGGAUGCUCAUUGCGGCUAUACACAGGAAAGGUCACUUCACACGAUCAAAGCGGUUCCAGAUUCCUCUAACGAAGGAAGCAUCCUCAGAACUCAAGUGGUGGUCUUCGGAGCAACUAAAUCAAAUCAACCGGAUGGUGUUGAACCCUUCACCAAUUGA